AGAAACGUGUUUCUUUUCUGUCCUCCGACAUGGCGUCGGCCAGGAGGUUGAAACGCGUGGUUGCCUCUCAACCAGGUUUUCUAAAUUUAAAGUCCACUUCAGAUCCUUCAGACUUGAUCAGUAGUCGGAGAAAACGUGUGAACAAGAAUAAGAAGAAGAACUGGAACAAACAUAGUGAUAUAAACGAUGUAGAGGAGUUUUUAGAAGACGUCAGACACCAGGAGAGGACCACGGGAGGUCUGCUGUCUGAGAGGUCGGAUGACAGUUUGUUCUUUUUGGAUGUGGGACAACCAAAGAAGGCUGAGCAGAAGGAAGUAUCAGAAGCUGUUGAGGGGAAGAAGAGGAAAGGGAAGACAUCACGUCCUCUGAGGAUAGACCUGAUCCUGCAGCACGACUCCCUCGUUCCACCACCUAAGGAUGUGCUUGCCUAUCAGCAACCUAAUGCCAAGAAACUCCGCCGCAUCGCCCAGAAGGCCGAGCAGCUGGCAGCCAAAGGCGUGGUGCCACGGAGGCAGAAACAGCUGCUCAACAGACGACCGGUUCAAAGGACAGUCAAGAAGGCGGUGACAGAGUCCAACAACAACCCAGACAGAGAAUAUUAUGACAUAUGGGGACAAGAGUCCAAAAAUACAGCUGAUCGCUGGUACCUUCAACAGACGGGCAAGAAGCUUGUCAAGCGUCCAGAGAGGUUGAAUGAGAAGCCGUCUGUGCUUCCUGCUGUGGAGGUGAUCGCUCCUGGAGGAUCCUACAACCCAGAGUUCUUAUCACAUCAGGCCUUGCUGCAGGAGGCCCACGAGGUGGAGGUCAAGAAAAAAAAGGAGGAAGACAAAGUAGAGAGACAGCUAGCUGUCGACAGAGGAGACACAGCGACAGAGGAGACGACCUUAAGAGAGCAGGUGGAAGGUCUGGUGGAUGAAGAGAAUGAGCAAGAAGAAGCGGCUCCCAAUGAGGAAGAGGAGGAUGUGGCCGUGGGAGCCAUCACAGUGGUGGAGAAGAAGACUGAGAGACAGAGGAAGAGAGAGAAGGCGGACAAAAUUAAGGAGCAGCAGCGGCUGGCUGACAGACGGCAGACUGAACAUCGGCAGCAGCUCUUCCAGCUUCGCUCAAUAAAGGCUUCAAUCAAACAGCAAGACCAGAAAACAAAGGUCAGACAGGAGCAACGCAAGGCCAAGCAGGAGGCCCAGAAAGCUCAACCCAGACGCCUUGGUAAACUCAAGUUUCAGGCUCAGGACCUGGAGGUUCAGCUGAGCGACGAGCUGGCCGGCUCCCUGCGACAACUCAAGCCAGAGGGCAGUGUUGUCAAGGACCGCUUCAAGAGUCUGCAAAAGAGGAACCUGAUUGAACCGAGAGAAAGAGCCAAGUUCAAGAGGAGACACAAGCUGAAGUAUGUGGAGAAGAGGGCUUUUAGAGAGAUCACUUAGUGCCGACCCACAGACCACAGGACUGAAUACAAAAAGCUGGGCAGCAUUUAAAGCCACAAAACUCAAUAUAAUGCAACUGUGUACAUACAACUAAGUGACUGCGGAGGGCCUGUUUUCAUUCAAUUACACCUGCUACCAAAUUAAUGUCACAUCAAUGAUAUCAACUGAAAUGGAAUGUGUGGUGUUAUUUCCUUUACUGUUUUUUGUCUGUUGUGUCUGAUGUCACUUUUUACACUUCCAGUCAGGUAAUGAAGUUUCGGUGUGUGUUUAUGUAAUAUGACCCUUAUCAGGAAAUGGUUUUCUAGGGCUUUAUAGUAUACAACUGGGCAUGCUGAGGCCAGAUAUCAGUGUGCCACUGCUCUGCCUAUACAUGAGUUAAGACCUACAACUUAGCUUAAUAACAGGGUCAGCCACCUGAAGUGAUGCGGCAGCCAUAUUGAUCAGGCUUGUGUCAGCUCUCAGUAAGACUGCUGUCUCUCAAGAUAACUAUGUCACACAGAUAAACCUUGUAAUAUAUCCUGAAUUUGUUGGAUUGGCAUCAGAAUGUCACAUCAGUAGAUAAUGUUUCAUAAAACAGUUUUGUGAAGACA